CCCCCUCCCUCCGCCACCGUCCCGCUGGCUCCGCCGCCGCGCAAGGGAAGGGAAGGGAAGGGAGGGCGAUGCCGCGGCUGACGGCGGAGGACGCGUCCCUGGUGCUGGACCACGUGGUGGGCGACCCCUCCGUGCCGGCCGCCGCGGCCAACGCCGUGCUCGCGGCGCUCCCGUUCCCGUCCAACCCGACCCCGCGCCUCCUCCGGGCCGUCCUCCUCCGCCGCCUCGCCGCCGACCCGGUCUCCGCCGACGCCCUCGACUCGCUCCAGCUCCUCGCCUCGCUCCCCUCCCGGGCCUCCGCCUCCGCCUCUGCCGCCCACAUCGCCGUCGCGGCCCACCUCGCCGUCUCCGCGCCCGACUUCGACGCCGCCGCGGGGGCCCUCUUCGCGCGCCCCGGCGGCCGCGCGCGCCGCGCGGUCGAGGGUGGGGACGCCGCGCUCGUCUCCGACGAGGCCGCCACCGUGGCCGACCAGUUCGAGGCCGCCGUGGGGAACUCGUUCUCGCAGGCUGUGCUGAGGGGGCUGUGGGGCGACCGGGCCGCGGCGGAGGAGCGGGUGAGGGAGCUCCUCGCUGCCGAGUGGGCGGCGAUUGGGCAGUCCAGGCUGGAGGAGGCGGCUGAGCGGAUUGUUGGGGAUGGUGCCAUCGAGACAUGGAGUGCUGCCGACGAGGUCACCCGCGCCAAGUACUGCGUGCUCGCUGGGGAACAAAGAGCAUGUGAAAUUCAGUGCAAACUUGGAGGACCUGUCUUUCAAGGAAAUCAAAUUUCGACACCAGAAGUUCAUAAGGUGGUGGAUUCCCUAAAAUCAAGCUGUGCUAACCUUCACAGUGUAGUAGAGGAUCCUCUUCCUGCUGCAAAGGCAGUGGCAGAUGAGGUGCUGGCUGCAAGGAUGGAUAAAGCAGCCGAUUUAAAUGCUGGAGAAGUUAGUAAUCAACCAGUGGCCUGUGACAUUGCUGGUCCAAGUGCUCCUACUGACAAUAGGGAGGCUCCAAAGAAAGGCGCAUCACCCAGUCUUAUGGAUUGGAACCCAACAGCAAGAACCUUUCUGAUUUUGGACAUGGCUUGUUUGCAGUGGGAGGACUCGCCAGAACCUGAGGGGUCACGAUCGCCGAUACAUAGACCACACCUGCCUAGCCCAAGGAGAACAACAGUUUCUCCUUUGCAACCGGCAGAUAAUAAAGCCAAGCGUAGGAAGGCAAGGAAGUGGUGCGCAUUAGAAGAAGAAACACUAAGAAAGGGUGUCGAACAGUAUGGUAAUGGCAACUGGAAGGAUAUUUUAACCAACAAUGCUGAUGUUUUUAUUGGUAGAAAAGCGAUGGACUUGAAAGAUAAGUGGAGAAACAUGAGAAGAUAUUAGCGAGAGACAGUGGUUCAGACAAGAAUUUUCUUUCAUUCUGGAUGAAGAAUCUUAUGCUCUAGGGCAUAACAUGCUCAAGUAGCAAGCCUUUCUACCGCUGAAGCAGUUGGGCGUGAUGCAUCCUUUUUCCAAUUGGGUGCUUCACCGACAUAUCCAUGAGCAUAGAUUCGAGUGAGAAUCUGCCGCCUGAUCAGUACCAGAUGCUUACAAGUGAUGGCUUUUUAACAUUUAACCCCUCUCCCCUCCUUGAAGAGAACAUAUUCUGUGUGCAUUCACUCAGUGAGAAACUGAGCAUCUGUAUCCAACUAUACUCUUUACAAGUCACUUAUGCUGUCUGUAAUAUGACAAUCUCUCCCGCAAUUAAUCAAUGGUUGCAUGGCCAUUUGUCACACCAGAAUGCUAAACCUGGUGUUCAAGUUCAUAAAG